GCACCGGAGCGGGCGUCGACUACAGCGUCUGGGAUCACAUCGACGUGUCCGACGACGAAGACGUCGCCAGUCCGCACGUCGACACGCCGAGCUUGUUCAGAAUGAGACACCGGGUCAGCAGUGAAAGUUGUCGUAGCCGUGAAGUUUGGAGUCUUGUACCGGGUUAGUUUUAGCGGUAGAAGUGACUUUUUAGCGACAGACCGGUGAUCGGAUCAGCCCGCACGGGCAGAGUUUGACCGGCAGGUGUGACACGAAAAUCUGCGACCGGUCAGAUCCCGUGUCUUAAAGGAUCUGCUGGCUAAAGACCGGCAGGGAAAGUUUAUUUAUAAAGCCCUUUUUUUUCUCUCUCUCUCUCUUAAACGGACGGGAUUUACGAAAAGGAAAAAGAAGGGAGACGAGAGAGAACCAGCAGAGCAAAGGGUGCAGCCCAUAGCGUGAAAGCCAUAAAAUCAAGAAAACGCUAGAAAAAGUCCCGAAAGAUUGACAGUAUUGACAGCAGCUCUACCAGUGGCCACCGGCUUCUGCCGGUACAGCUGUAGAUAUCGUGACCGUACCUCAAAACCAUGCGGCACGGUUGGAGAAAAUGGCUGAAUUUCAGCAGAGGGGGGAAGAUCUGGAGAGCAACUUUGCUGAAUGCAAGAGGCUAUUGGAGGAAGCCCGGGGACAACUCAGAGAGCUGGAAAAAGGAAGGAAGGAGGGAGAGGAGGACGUGGAGAGAGAGGCUGAGCUGAACAGAGUCCAGGCAGAAGUGAGAAAACUGAAGAAGGAUGAAAAGGCGUUUGUGAAAAUGAUCGAGGAACACCGGCGAGAAGAAAAGAAGCUGCCCUGGAAUGUCGACACUAUCAGCAAAGAGGGUUUCAGCAAGAGUGUACUCAACAUCGAGCCUGUAACCAAGGAGGAAACGGAGGAGGCAAAGCUGCAGAGGCACAAGACCUUUGUGGAGAAGUAUGCAAAGGAAAUCAAACACUUUGGUAUGUUGCGGCGUUGGGACGACAGUCGGAAGUAUCUGUCAGACAACCCACAUUUGGUGUGUGAAGAGACGGCUAACUGCCUUGCUGUCAUCUGUGUUGACCUUGAGAUAGACGAGAAACACGCACUGAUGGAGCAGGUAGCCCACCAGGCCAUCGUCAUGCAGUUCGUCCUGGAUUUGGCUCGGACACUGAAGGUGGACCCAAGAGGCUGCUUCAGACAAUUCUUCUCCAAGAUCAAGACUGCAGACAAGCCAUACCAGCAGGCAUUCGACCACGAGCUGCAGUCGCUGAAGGAGCGGGUCCGCAGCUGCGCACGGAUUCGCAUGGAGAGCGCCAUGAAGGAGCUGGAGGAGGAGCAGAGGCAGGGGAGACUGGGCCCAGGUGGUCUGGACCCCGUAGAGGUCUAUGAAUCACUGCCUAAGGAAAUACAAAGGAGCUUUGACGAGAAGAACAUUCAGAUGCUUCAGGAGGCUAUCAACAAGCUGGACCCUGAGGAAGGAAAAUACCACCUGAAGAGGUGUAUCGACUCUGGUUUGUGGGUACCAGAUUCAGGAGAGGGUGACGAUGAAGAGGAUGAAGAGGACGAGGAAGAGGAAGAGGGUUAAUAAGGGAAGGAAGAAGCUAAACGAAUGGCAAAAGGCAGAGGGAUAAUGUUUCGGGAGGCAUCAGUUGAACUGAUGCACCUGUUCUCUCCCUCCAUUUUGACCCACAUCAUCACUUUUAGACAACCUUCCUUUCUGUGUCCUGUGUAAUUUGUUUGUGGCAGCUUUGUUUGCAAAUGUCUCAGUUGACUUAACUUGACUUUAAGUAAUGUUUCAUACAUGCAGCGUAAUGUACAUUGUAGUACAUGGUUAUAGCAUUUCCUAGGUAAUAUUAAGUCUAUCCACAUCAAAAUGUGUAAUUUAUACAUGUUUUAAAAUAUAGGAAUAUCUAAUGUGCAUGUGGACUAAACCAUCGUGUGAUUUUAAAGAUAAAAUAGCUACAGCUAUUUGCAGCCUAG